UCGUCACUUUCUGGCAGAAGUCCAGGUUUGUCUACUGGCGAUCUUCUCUCUCUAGAGACACCUGCUGCCUUCUUCCUCGUCUCUCCGUAUUGGCGCCUGUUUGCUUCUUUUUCGUCCUCUUAUAAAUCUACCUGAAAUGUCGUCUCGAAGCCCUAGAAAAUAUUGAAUUCAGCCUGAUUUGUAUGCACACAUACACAUACAUGCUUGGAUCGUCUUCCGCGUAAUGUCUCAGUGGUUCAAACGUCGCGAGGUACCUUUGUGUCUAUUGAGAUGUUAAUUAGGCACUAUAGCUCUUGUGAAUUCUACAGUGUAAUCUGGAGCCAAGUCGCCAACACUUUCCACAAUGCAAAUAGUGUCAAAUGAUAGUCAGGCAGACGAUAGUUCAGAAAGAGAGCCCAUCUUAACUCAUUCUAAUGCUGUAGAGGAAUCUGAUGAAUCUUCUCCUGCAAUUGAAAUUACAGUGAGUGGGGAUUGUUCCACCAAUUCUGAUGAUUCAUCAAGUUUUGAGGCUGAUGGAAGUCAAUUGCUGUUAAACAUAGAGCAGCCACAAUGCCGUAUAUGCCUUGAUACUGAAGGAGAUGAUUUGAUUGCACCAUGCCACUGUAAGGGAACCCAAAAAUAUGUCCACAGGUCAUGUCUCGAUAAUUGGAGGUCUACAAAGGAGGGUUUUGCUUUUGCUCACUGCACAGAAUGCAAAGCGAAGUUUAUAUUGCGGGCAAAUGUACCACCUGGUCGAUGGUGGUUAAGAUUAAAAUUUCAGUUCCUUGUUGCAAGAGAUCAUGCUUUCAUUUUUCUUGUUGUCCAGCUGAUUGUAGCAAUUUUAGCAGUCCUUGUGUACAAAUUUUAUGGAGAUGAGUUGCGGGAAAUGUUUGGUUAUGAAGAACAUCCGUACGGGUUUUAUAUAAUGGCAGUUUUGUCAAUUGUGGUGGUGGGAUUGCUUUAUGGUUUCUUCAUAGCAAUAAUUUGUGGACAAAGGAUCAAUGAACGCCACUACCAUGUUCUUGCGAAACCUGAACUCACAAAGGAGUUUGUGGUAGAAGAUCGGGAAUCAUUAAAUAAGAAUGUUCCGGAACUUGACCCUAGUCAUGUGUCAGAGCUAAGGAUGUUGGGCCUGUAUUAAGGAUUGGCCUCCCAUGACUAUGAAUGUAAAUUCUACUCUCAACAAAGAACUUGUGAACUAUAUAUUAUAUUCCUCCUCAAAGUUGGGUUUCCAUGGUCCCUAAAUUAGAAAUAUACAUGUUCUAUGUUCUUGCCCUGCCAGGAGCUUCUUCUGCAAAUAGGAGGAACUACAUUUGACCCUGAAGUUAAGGUUUAAUGCUGGUCAUUUGUAAAUCGUCUGUGUGAGUGCAUUGCUGACUGUCAUAGGCAUAGGAGGUUUGUUGGCAAAACAAUUGAUUUAUGGAUCUUUUCUAUUAACUAAUUUAAAAACAUAGAAUUCAUCUAUACUUGUCCAUUCUA